AUGUCGGACUCCGAGAAGCAAGAGCAACCUCAACAAAAGGAGAGGAGAAAGAUUGAAAUUAAAUUUAUUCAAGAUAAAACUAGACGGCACAUCACAUUUUCUAAACGUAAGCAUGGUAUUAUGAAGAAAGCUUAUGAACUAUCUGUUCUAACGGGUACUCAGGUCCUAUUACUAGUGGUAUCUGAAACAGGUCUUGUGUACACAUUUACCACUCCAAAAUUCCAGCCCAUAGUGACUCAGCCUGAGGGGAAAAAUCUUAUCCAGGCCUGCCUGAAUGCCCCUGAGGAAGAAGAGGAGGAGGAAGAAGAUGAUGAUGACGACGUUAAGGACGAGGAUAAGCCAGAUGUCUCUGUGGGUGGUGUUGCUGGUCCAAUCACCGUCCAAGACGUGUCGGGUAAUCCAACAGGCGUCGGCGUUGGUGUAGGUUCAACGGACCAUGUUACGGCUCCCCAUGGAAUGGGUGUACCUGCAGGCCACCAUCACCAUGGAGGUGGUGUACCACAUCAUCAUCAGCAGCUUCCGCCUCAGCAGCAGCAGAAUUUUAAUAACCCAGCUGCGUAUCUAAAUGCAGAACAAGCCGCUGUAUACCAGCAGUAUUUUAAUGGGGUCAAUCCACAACAGGGUCAGUAUUGA